AUGAACCCAACGCCCUCCUACCUCAGUCCCGUCAAAGACGGCAGACGCAUUCUCGGCGAAAAGACCCCCAACGCGUGUCUCUCCCCGCGCCACGCUACCUCCCCGAGCAAACGCUCGCGCAUCGACACGCUCUCCUCUCCCAAAAAGCUCCUCCCCUCGCCCUUAUUCGCAGGCCAGAAGAGAUCCAUCGACCAGGUGCACUCCGACGUGUCCCUCAGCAAACCCUCCGACGCGGUAUCCCGCGACCCGCGGACAGACUCCCAGCCCGUCCCGGCCCCGGAUGACGCUCGUUCACAGAUCCCUCCCCAAGAGGAGGUAAGGCCUCACCAACAGCCCGACGCGAUGGACACGCAGACACCCUCCGAUCAGCAACCCCAACAACAACAACACGAUUCCACAGAUACCCACCCCCCAAAGGCAAGGGACGCGCGCACCGUGCCUGAAGACCCCGAGACGCGCAAACUUUUUAUCCAAGAGGUCAGCUACCUACCAUGCCCUGCCACGGCAACGCCGCACUAA